AUGCAUCUGAACAGUGAAGAAGAUCCCAGUAAAGGUACGGUGUCGCUGAGUGUGUUCCUGGUGUCAGUUGUGUUCGUGUUGUGCGCCGUUUGGCUGGUAGCGCUCUGUGGAGUCUGCACCUGGUGUCAACGCAAACUGGGGAAGAGGAAUCUGCCCGGGGUGGAGGCUGCCAGCUCUCCCGAAUCUGUGAGAGGUCGAGGGGAAAAUAAAGCCAUCAACGACCUAGACAGAGACUUCUGGAACAACAACGACAGCAGUAACGUGCAGCAGCGGUGGAGCUCGUACCCGCCCAAAGAGUUCCUCCUCAACAUGUCGCCCUACGCCCCGUACGGAGACCCCCGCCUCACCCCCAAUUUUGGGGAUGCCUCCCUUUCGUCUGCUUCCACUCUGGAGCACAUCCCGUCCUCCGCCGUGGCGCGGCCUCGCCCCCUGGUCCGACAGCAGAGCCUCCAACAGCCGCUCACCCACCGGCCCCCUCCGGGCCCCAACGACCCCCCGGUCACUUCACAGAGCCUGGGUCAACUGCACACAGGCCCGGGCGGUGGGGGGCAUCGAGGGGGUCCUCGAGGGGUCCGGGGGAGUCCGGCCGGAGCGUCCCGGUACAGAGGCACGGGGGCGGGGCGGUCCAGGUCUAACCCGGGCAGCUGGGAUCACAUGAUGGAGCAAAUCCGCCACAGAGGACUGGACGUCAAGUCGUUUCUAGAGGGGAAGAUGGUUGUCCUGUCUCUAGCAAUCGGUCUGGCUGAGCAGGACGAUUUUGCAAACCUCCCAGAUCUACAAGAAGCACCAGCCAACAAAGAAAAUGAAACCACGCCAGAAAAGAGCAGACCAGGCAACAAACCAGGCAGCAGUCCCAGAGGUCAGACACCAGACGAGGCCGGCCGUCGACAGGGUCAAGAAGGAAACUCGUCAGGCAAUGAUCUGGCCAACUCAGUCACCAGCGACAUGCUCAUGUUAUCUCCUGGUUCAGAAGAAGACGAACACGAAGGUCCAGUGGUUGAGAAACUGGGUCGGAUUCAGUUCAGCGUUGGAUACAGUUUCCAGGACUCCACGUUGACUGUCAAAAUACUCAAGGGCCAGGACUUGCCCGCUAAGGACUUUUCCGGCACUUCAGAUCCAUUUGUCAAACUAUACUUGCUGCCAGAUAAAAAGCACAAGUUGGAGACAAAAGUGAAAAGGAAGAAUCUCAACCCUCACUGGAACGAGACCUUCCUCUUUGAAGGUUUCCCAUAUGAAAAAGUGGUCCAGAGAACACUAUAUCUCCAAGUUCUCGAUUACGACCGCUUCAGCAGAAAUGACCCAAUAGGAGAGGUGUCCAUUCCACUGAACAAGCUCGACCUGGCCAACAUGCAGACCUUCUGGAAGGAGCUGAAACCAUGCAGCGAUGGCAGUGGGAGUCGUGGGGACCUUCUCGUGUCUCUGUGCUACAACCCCACAGCCAAUACCAUCACUGUGAGCAUCAUUAAAGCCCGAAAUCUCAAAGCCAUGGACAUCGGAGGCACCUCAGAUCCCUAUGUAAAGGUGUGGUUGAUGCACAAGGACAAGCGCGUGGAGAAGAAGAAGACGGUGGUAAUGAAGCGCUGUCUGAACCCUGUGUUUAACGAGUCGUUCCCCUUCGACGUGCCCGCCCACGUGCUGAGGGAGACCACCAUCAUCAUCACCGUCAUGGACAAGGACAAGCUCAGUCGCAAUGAUGUCAUAGGAAAGAUUUACCUCUCAUGGAAAAGUGGCCCAGCGGAGGUAAAACACUGGAAAGACAUGAUGGGGCAUCCUCGCACUACUGUGGCCCAGUGGCACGCCCUCAAAGCCUGAAGGGGAUCUGUGACCCAGCAGCUUACACUCAUCUCCGCCCAUAUAGUGACACGUACCCUCCGCCCGCACCACACCUCUGCUUCAGCUGUCUGCAGAUGUCAUUUCUUUGUUCUCAGGCCUCUUUGAUAUUUCGUGCCCUCAUUUUACACCCCUGUCUAGCUCUAAGUCCCACCUGAACACCUCGGUCUCAAAUUAGAAAUGUCUUUGA